AUGGAUUAUAUUGGUAGAAAUGCUGGCAAUUCACAGAAGAACCAAAUACCUGGAAGACUUUGUUUUAACAGCGGAAGAUACAAAUUCGUAAUUGCUUUCUGUUUGGUAGCUGUUGCUGCUGCACAAAUAUCAAAUGAAUAUUUACCACCAGUACAAGAACAUCAUGAAGUACAACAUUUUGCUGCACCAGCACCAGCACCAGUUCAUGUUGCUGAACCAGUUAAUGAAUAUUUACCACCCGUAAGCAAUCAUGUUGAUGUUGAACCAGCACAUUCAUUCUCACAAGAUGAAGGUUACCGUUACAAGACUGCCAGACGUCGCGUCUACAGAGCUCGUGCAUACAGAGCCAGACGUCCUGGUGCUGCAUCAUGUACUGGAGCUAAAUAUUCACGGCUUGGUUCAACACCACCACCAAUAGCACCGCCAGCAAAUCCACCACCAACUGAACCGCCACCAAAACUUCCACCUACAGCACCACCACCUUCAAUUGGUGGUAAAUAUUCAUUGGAAAGUUCUGAGACAUCGAAACUAUGUGCUGGUGCCGGUUCUGGAGCUAAAUAUUCACGGCUUGGAGCACCACCAUGUGAAAUACCACCGCUGAAACCACCACCACCGAUAGCUCCGCCACCAAAACCUCCACUAUGUCCACCACCGCCGCCGCUGCUAAAUCCACCACCGCUACUGAAUCCACCACCACCAAUUUAUAAAUUUGUUGCUGCACUUUGUUUAAUUGCCGUUGCUGCCGGUCAAUUAUCAAAUGAAUAUUUACCACCAAUACAAGAACAUCAUGUAUCAUAUCAACCAGCUCCGGCACCAGUUGUACAUUAUGAACAACCAGCACCAGUUGUACAACAUUAUGAACAACCAGCUGUAUCAUAUGAUACAGUUGAUGUAGAACCAGCACAUACAUUCUCACAAGAUGAUGGUUAUCGUUAUAAAACAGCAAAACGUCGUGUAUUCAGAAAUCGUCGUGUAUACAGAAACAGACGUCGUUAUUAA